GUCCAGGCUAUUCUUGCUACAGUUUCUAUUGUCCUUGGAGUAACAGAGCUGUGUAGCUUGCUGAUUGUCCAGAUUGUUAAAAGAAAAAUAAGUGUAGUAGUUUAGAGGUUUAGCCCAUCCCAACUGCUCUGGCCCCGCCUCCCUGCCAAGCAGAAGUACCCAGAACCAGAAAAUGGCAGGGGAAGAUGAGGACUUGCCCAGAGAUGCAAAGAUUGUGAAAACGCUGUUAAAAUCAAUGGGUGUGGAGGAGUAUGAGCCCCGUGUUAUUCACCAAUUCUUGGAGCUGUGGUAUCGAUACGUGGUUGAUGUGCUCACUGAUGCACAGGUCUACUCAGAACAUGCUGGUAAGCCCGCAAUUGAUUGUGACGAUGUCAAGCUUGCUAUUCAGUCCAAGGUUAAUUUCAGCUUCUCACAGCCCCCUCCAAGAGAGGUGCUACUGGAGUUGGCUAGAAACAGGAACAAAAUCCCAUUACCAAAAUCAAUUGCUGGGCCUGGUGUGGCAUUGCCGCCUGAACAGGACACAUUGAUCAGCCCAAACUAUCAACUGGCAAUCCCAAAGAAACAAUCUGCUCAAGCAGUGGAAGAAAUGGAGGAAGAUGAAGAACCUGCUGAACCCAAUCCGCCCCCGCCCCAGGAACAGAAGCCCUCUGAUCUGCCUCAGGGUACUCCCCAAAGGGUAUCCUUUCCCCUUGCUAAACGCACCAAAUGAGAGAUUACAUGGUACAUCAAUCAUCCUAUGGGAUUAUAGUCCAGAGAUGUGAGAUGAGACAGUUGUUCACUUACUAGGGAUUCUGAGUCGUAUUGGAUCUGUGUACUUGUAAAAGAAUGUUCAGUUUAAAUAUUAUGUUGUUUACUUCU